UCCCUCUCAGCAACCGUAACGGCACUGGCCCUCCUGGCAACCACCAUCAAUGGUCUCCCCACCAAGCAAAAGCCUACCUACACUCCCGCCACCAACCUUGACAACCUCGCCAAACUCAUGCCCAAGAGCGCUCUCCCCGCCCCCGACGGCCUGACUCUCAAAUACGUCGUCCUCGGCAUCGGCACGCAGAACUACACUUGCGGAGACGACGAGUCCGCCGCCCCAGGCACCACCGGCGCCACUGCUGCUCUCUACGACAUCGGCACCCCCCUCUCGACCUCCCCCUUCGCGCGCUGGACCCUGCCCUCCAUCUCCCCGCUCGCGCUCUCACUGUCCUCGCGCCCCUCCGCAUUCACCCAGAACCUGCAGUCCUUGGGCUACUCCCACCUGAUCGGGCACCACUUCUUCGCAGGCGCAUCCCCCGUCUUCGCACUCGACCAACUCGCCUCCCCGUACCCGUUCACGGCGCUCGGGAAAGUCGCCGAGACCGAUGCGCCCGCGGCGUCGUGCCCGGGCACCAAGGGCGAGGGCGCGAUCAAGUGGCUGCUGCUGAAGGACGCAAAGGGGCUUAGCCGCGGCGGCAUCGACACGGUGUACAGGAUCGAGACGGCGGGGGGCAACAAGCCGGCGACGUGCACGGGGAAGGGGGGCAAGGCGUUUGAGGUCGCGUAUAGUGCGCAGUGUAAGUGGUGUCCUCCUCCUGGACUAGCGAUUGGCGUGCUGACCUGAGUGUAGACUGGAUCUUCGGGCCCAAGACUGGGUACUAGAGCAGCACGCAUGGCUGCCGCGCGUGUCUGUGUUGCUGGCCCCGUGCCUUGUUACGCCGGCGCUUGCACGCUUCUACUGCGUCGCGUCCGCGAUGACUGCACUGCGUACCACUCGCUCUUCGUUUCUUCCCACUGUUUUUUAGUUCGCAGUUCUUCGCUUCUCUGUACCUACUUGUGCGAUACCCUUAGUCGCCCGCGCGGCGCAUAAUACGUAAAGCGGAGGACCCUAUAAUCUCGCGAU